AUGACGCGCGGCUACGUCACUGCCGCCCGCUGCGCUCCGCGGCGCCGCGACUCCACGAUGGCGGCGGCGUCGUUCUCCUUCGGCUCCGCGGCGCUCGGGAACGCGGGAGGGUUUGGAUUUGGUCAGAACCCAGCCACCACAACGGCAGCACACACAGCUGGAUUUGGUGGCUUUGGUAACACAGCGGCCCCAAUGUUUGGUGGAUUUGGCAUCCCCACCAGCUGUGCUGUUGCCCCGGCUUCAGUGAACCAAGGGUUUGGGGGGUUUGGGACACUCACCAUGGCCCAGAGUGGUGCUAAUACGGCCGUGUCAACUGUGGGGGUAAAUCCUGGGGCUGCUGGAGUCUGUGGGCAGCAACCUGGAGCUGGAUUCAACUUUGGUGGAUUUGCAACAAAUUUUCCUCCCCCGACAAGCACGGCCGCGUCACAGCCCGGCACGGGGUUCUGCUUCGGAGGUCCAAGACCGACGGGGAUGUUUGGUGGGUUUGGUGGAUUCGGGAAUUUGGGCGCGGGGACCGGAGGGCUUGCUGCAGGCACGGGGGCACUUGGUGGUGGCUCCGUUGGACCGUUCGGGGGAUUCUCAGCCAUGGGAGCUCAACAGUCUCAACAAGUCGCUGGAGCUCCUGUUUAUAACUUGGCCACUGCGCUGUCCGCUCCAUGCGUAUUUUCUGACGAGCGCGACGCCAUCAUUGCCCGCUGGAAUCAACUGCAGGCAUUCUGGGGCACAGGUCGGGGGUACUUCCUUCAGAAUGCACCCUGCUUGGAAUUCACCCUUCAAAACCCUUUCUGCCAUUUCAAGGCUGUGGGGUACAGCCUGGGCACACUGCACGCAGAUGAAGAAGGCCUGGUGACCAUGGUGCUGGCGCGGCCGGUGCACGAGGUGCAGGAGAAGCAGGCGCUCGUGCUGGAAGUGCUGCUGCGCGCCGUGGGGGGUGGUGGCAGCGCUGGGAACCUGCAGCCUGGCCUGGAGAGCAUUAAGGCUGUGCAUCAAGGACAGACGGAGGUGGUGGUGUACGUGACGGAGCGGGUCCCCGGCGGCGGCGCCCGCAGGGUCCAUGCCUCCACGCUGUGUACGGCGCUGGAGCAGCUGUCGGUGCGUCCGAUGCUCGACCAGCAGCUCUCCGUGACGCUGCUGGCACCACGAGUCGCGCUGUCUCAGGCGCAGAUGCAGCAGCAUCUGCGCACUCCGCCAGCCGGAAUUGACCCAAUUAUUUGGGAACAAGCAAAGAUUGACAACCCUGAUCGAGAAAAACUCAUCCCUGUGCCCAUGGUGGGGUUCAAAGAGUUGCACCAACGACUGAAGAGCCAGGAAGAGAUGACCAAGCUGCACCAGAGCCGCUUGGAAAUCAUCGGAGAGGACAUACUGGAGCUGAAGAAGCUGCAGACAAGCACGCUUGCCAAGUCACAGCAGUACAAACGCAAGCAACUGGAGUUGUCUCAUCGGCUCCUACAGGUGGUGACCAAGCAGGAGGUGAUGCGCAAGAGUGGCUGUGCGAUACAGUCGGAUGAGGAGCAGCUGCGCGUGACACUCGAGUCCCUGCAGGGCGACCUUAACGCACCCACUCAGUACAAGGGCCGACUCAAUGAGCUCAUGUCCCAGGUUCGCAUGCAGAGCCACUGUGGAGUUGCACGCUCGGAUGACAAGUACAGCGUGGAGCCUGGCCUGCUCAUGGAAAUCAAACAACACUUGAGACAACAGCAGGAAGGACUGAGCCAUCUGAUUUCCAUCAUUCGGGACGACAUGGACGACCUGAAAACGAUCGAGCGUGGGCUGAGCGAUGCAUCGCACACGCUUUCGCACACGCGCAAGCACUGACGUUUGCUGCACACCGCUUUGAAUGUUUACACAAACUUAAGUCACACGCAGCAUGCUCAAUCCACAAAUAUUCUUCACUAUGUAUGUAUGUUGAACUUCUUUCGCAGCGUAUGUAGCCGACCGUGCUAAUCGAUUGGUUACGUGUGAAUAUUUGUGAACAUUUGUGAACAUUAUACGUACUGUAGAAAUUUUAUAUCUGAGCAUUUGUUUUAUAUAAAAAAAAUUAAAAGGAAUUUAACACAAUG